CUAGAUAUCAUACAAUCCAUCAUAAAAAAAAAACCCCUAAAAAAACCAACCAUUGAAUUCCAAGAAUGUAGAUAUACAUAACACCACAAAACACACACAAAAAAAAAAAAAACACUAGUAAAUUUUUUUUCUUUCAUUUUUCACUAAUGGCAAGUGCUACUACAUCAUCAUCAACAAAUAAAAUUCAAGAAUAUGAUGAGGUUACAAGUUACAAAAACAAGAAUUGUGAAGUUUUUGUUAAUAGACAAGAAAUUAAAGAUGCAAUUGCUAAAGCAAUUGAAUUAAGAGCUUUACAUGCUGCCCUUUUACAACAACAACAAGGGAAUAGUCCUAUGAAGAAGUUCCCUUCUUCUGCUUCUCCAACUCUUUCACUUCAUUCUCACCAUUUUUCUUCUCAAGAUUAUCCUAUUUUCACACCAAGCUAUGAAGAUGAACCAUUGCCAGGAUACAAACAACUACACUUAGAUCACAAUCCAAACUAUGCUGAAGUUUGGGAUGAAUAUGGAGUAGUAAAUGGUAACAAUGAAUCCGUUUUAUCGGAUUACAGAAAGGCGAAUUCGACCUUCAAAAAUGGAUUUACUAACAGUCUGAUCAACUUAGAACCCCACAUGUGUCCAGCUGAUGAUCAGAGAUCGGUCACGAGCUCGUGUACUGAUCAUGUCACUACGCGUAAAGCCUCUCCCAUCGCUCGUUACAUCAAGUCUCGGAGAAACUCAUUAGGGGACUUGAACUCUAUCUCAUCUUGCAACAAGUGUAAGCCUGCAACAAUUAGUACUGAGGUUGAUGGUGGUGGUAGUAGUACUAGCAAGAGUGGUAAGAACUCGAAUGUCAUCGUGCCAUUGACGGACUCACAUGUUUCUGUUCAAUCGCAGCCAAAGAGUAAAGGCGGGAUGAACUUGUCGUGGCUGUUCCCUAAGCUAAAGAAGAAAAACAAGGUUGAGAUUUCACCAAACCGAACAGAUCAAUCCGAUGAGGUUUUAAAGGAUCACCAUAUAGGGAUGGUUUCAAUCGAGACGUUGAAGAAAGAGCUAAUGGAAGCAAACGAGAGCAGAGAUGCAGCGUUGAUUGAAGUCUCGGGAAUGAAGUCGUCUUUAGGUGAGCUAAAGCAAAAGUUAGAGUACUUAGAAACUUACUGUGAAGAGCUGAAAAAGGCCUUAAGGCAAGCAAUUCAAGCUACAGAGUCCCCUGUAUCCUCCAACAAGCUAAGAACUUUUCCUAAUGGAAAAUCCAUCGAUGGGGACGGAGAAAAUGUGAUCCCGGUUAAUGAUGAGGUAAUGCUAGAAGGGUUCUUACAGAUGGUAUCGGAGUCAAGAUUAUCGGUGAAACAGUUCAGCAAGACUCUAAUAGGACAGAUUGAAGCAACAGACAAUUUGUUAACCGAUAACUUGAACCUUUUGCUUCAACCUUACAAGCUAUCUCUCAACUCGAAGUACUCGAAAGCAGUACUAUACCACAUUGAAUCCAUCAUAAACCAAUCACUUUUUCAAGACUUCGAAAACUGUGUGUUCCAAAAGAAUGGCUCAGCAAAACACUUAGACCCUCAACAAGAUCGCCACGCUCAGUUCUCAUCAUUUGUCGCGCUGAGGAACCUAAGUUGGAACGAGGUGUUGAGGAAAGGUACAAAGUACUAUAGUGAAGAGUUCAGUAAGUUCUGUGAUCAGAAAAUGAGUUGCAUUAUCGCAACGCUUAAUUGGACAAGACCAUGGCCUGAACAACUCCUCCAAGCGUUCUUCGUUGCUGCUAAGUGCAUCUGGUUGCUGCAUUUGUUAGCCUUUUCGUUCAAUCCUUCCCUCGGGAUUCUACGAGUGGAAGAGAAUAGAACUUUCGAUAUGCAUUACAUGGAGGACGUCUUCGCGGAUAGGCAAAGAUCACAAGGUCCUAGCAAGGUUAAGGUCAUGGUUAUGCCUGGUUUUUAUGUGCAUGAUAGAGUACUUAGGUGUAAGGUUAUAUGCAGGUACAAAAAUGUAUCAUAGUUAGGGUUUCUCUUUUCUCAUUUUUCUUGUUUAGUAAUCUAACUUGUAAUAGUGUUCUCUUGUUGAUUAUUUGAUUUGAGUGAGUUCUAUAAACUAGUUGCCAUAUAUAUUGUGAUCAAAUAAACUCGUAAGUCGUAA